AUGAGCAGCUGAAUGUAUUGCCAAAUUUAUGAUGAAGAUUUUGGGCUUCCUACACAUUUCUAAUGUUUAAAGAGCAGCUCCUACAUUUAUAUCCCCCAGAAAACAAGUGCAUCAUUCUGAAGCGAGAAAAUGCUGGUGGUUUAUUUCACGUAGCUGUAUAGCCAUUUGUUGGGUCUAAUAUUUUUCCUGAUUACACCAGCCAAGAUCUAGUUUGUAGCUGUGGUCCCAAUGUGCAGGGUCCAAUGUACAGGGCCCUGUACAAACUCAAAGUCUAUUGGCAGUCCAUGCUCUACAGAGCUUGACACACUUUUCCCGUUAAAGACCCACAGUUUCCAGGACUUAAAUUUGUUUGGAAGCUUGGGAAUAUUUCAGUGUGGCAGGAACCCAGCAUGGACCCGUCCCUGAAGCUCUUUACAUUGCUAGCAGGUGUGUUUUGAACCUGUGCACAGGACUCAUAUUUAUUUUUGCCCUUUUCCUUUAUAUGCUUCAACUUCAAACUUUAAGAGAAAGUCCUGCUUUUCUUUCAAUGUCCUCCCCCUACCAAGCGGCUUUUCACUUAAAAUUGAGGCAUUACCAUUAGGAAAGCUAAAAUAGAUCUCAGUGCCUCUAGAGGAUCAAAAUGAACUCCAGUUUCCAGCAUCUUGGUUGAAUUUUACAUCUCCUGGUCUCUCAGAUGAAAGAGUGACUUCCCUGCCUGUGUUUUCCUGAGCGCACCCCUCCACAUGAGCAUCACAAGUGACAAAGGGACAGAAGAACACAGAUCAUGAAUCUUGACAGUGAUCAAACAUGGGACAGUCACUAAAUCACAACAUUGCCCAUUGCAGAAAAACAUCUACAUUGUUUGUGCUAUCCAGCACAGCUCUUGUGAACCGAAAUUCAAAUACUGAAGACUGACACUGAUACCAGGUAAGGGAAUACGCAGCACAUUUACAUUCCUGCACCUGCCCUGCUCUGAACAGGAGCAGCACCAAAAUCCCAGCCUUCUUCCCUGCUCUAUAAAGCUCCCUCACAUGACACUCAUAGAACAGCAGUUGCUAACCUGCGUUAAGCAUUGGUGCAACAACCUACUCUUCCAGCGGAGUGUCACCAUCCAUCUUGGAGGAUGAAUUUGUGCUACUCUCAAGAAGAAUUCAAUGUCACUUCAUAUGAUACCCUGGCUAUUGUCAUCAUCACAUUUCAGGCACUUGCUGGCACGUGGAUAAAUGCUUUCAUCAUUUCUGUGAUUUGUAUUUCUUGGGUCAAAAAGAAAAGCUUUAACUCUAAUGAGAAGGUCAUGCUGUUUCUAGGAUGCUCCAGGUUUGCGUAUUUGAUCGUCACAUGGGUGUAUUGCCUUCUCGCAAUACUUUAUCCCACAUACUUUUAUGUUCACCCCAUACCGCAAGUAGUUGUAGCUGUUCAAAGCUUUUUAAACUCUUCCAACUUGUGGGUUUCUGCCUGUCUGUGUGUUUUUUAUUGCGUAAAAGUUGCCAAUUUCAGGUACACCUUCUUCCUGUACCUGAAAGUGAAAAUUGACAGGAUUGUGCCAUGGCUGUUGCUGGCUUCAGUGCUUUUAUCUCUGGUCAUCUGCAUCACUGUCUACUACGUCACUGAUAAGGCAAAAUGUGUCCACCCCAAUUCCACUGCCCUAGAAAACUUCUGGAAAAUGGAUGUCAGAAUGAGUGAAGAAUUUUUUCCUGUUUUUCUUAUCAGCGGCUUUGGAUUUGCCACUGCAUUCAUGGCAGUCAUCUUUUCUGUCCUACUCAUCUUUUCUCUCUGGAGACAAAAACGCAAGAUGCAGAACAACUCAAUGAAGGAACUCAAUAUGGACGCCUAUAUCAAAGCCAUAAAAUCUAUUCUGUCCAUCUUCAUUAUUUACAGCUUUAAUUUUAUAUGUUUGAUCUUGACACUGAUUUAUGCCACAAAGAAGGAAAAUACUGUGUCAUUUCUCAUUUUCAUAUUCCAGUAUGCUUUUCCAUCUCUUCAUUCCCUUACUCUGAUUUUCAGCAAUCCCAAACUGGAAAAUGCACUGCUAAGGACUCUACCCUGUGUGAAGUGCAAGGUUUGCAAGAAGUAGGAACUGUAAUAAAAGCUGAAGCCCAUUAAAAAUGUUGAUAUUUUGUUAUAAAACCCAAGUAAUUUAAUCUCUAAUGCAACUCUCCAGUCAGUGUAGAUGAUACAGAUGUUCUACCUUCACUAUCUAAGUUAAGAAAGCUUCAUUACAAUUCUUUCAAUUAUUCUGAGUUAAAUAAGUUACUAUUAUCAUUUAUACAAUUCGUUGUGUAAGUUAUUGUCAAAGUAAAUCAGACCUGGUACAUGGGCUAGAUGCAAAAGUGGAAUAACACUACUGCAAACCUCCUAAAAAUUUGGUAUCUGCUGAUUGAAACUACUGAACUAAACAUGUUUAUAUCUAUUUGUUGUUUUACAUUUAUUUCUGCUUUCACAGUCCAUAAUAAUAUGAGCUGUAUCACUAUCAUGCAUUGGUUUAUAGCACAAGCGUGAAUAUGUUGAUCACUAUUACUCACCAGAGGUGCUAACUGGCUUUAGC